CGCGAAGCCCUUUUUAAAAAUUACACUGACUGGCCCGUCUAAAUGAAGGAACUUAAAGCUGUAGAGGAGAAGGGUCCGCAGGCCCAUAAGACAGAAAAAACGCACAAAGGCACAGAAGAACCAAGUUUGGACGGUAAACAAACAUCGGGUUACAUUAAUGACGAGUACUUGAAGAAAAUUAACGAAUUCUGCCGGCAGAUAUCAUUAAACGCAGAAUCACGGACAGGAAUACGCAAGUUCUUUAGUAUGCAUCCCCGAGCCAGCGAAAUACUGCAGAGACAGCUUUUACGAGGUGAUAACUACGCAAUACUAAAGAUACACUUCAUUCUUAACAUGAAGAUUGACAAAAACAUGCUACUUCGCUCAUUAAAGGGUUGUAACGUGAGUGAAAAAAAUUGUUUCAUGAUUUUUGAAUUGUACUUUUUCAGGUUGUUCGAUGACAUCGAAACAGCAAAGGAACGAUUUGUGAUCCUCGAGGAUUACCAAGGGCUAUUUAAACGGGCGGAAUCUCAUGCCAAACAGAAAAUAGUAGAGAAGGAUUGGGACAGAUACGAGCAGAGGAAGUAUUUUGAGACUUUUGUUAAGGACAGGAGAGUGGAUGUGACUAGAAUGCAUAGAAAACUGGAACAGAUGCCGGAAAUAUUAUGUAGAACAAAGAAGCCUGUAGAUUUUUUGAUCGUGGUAGAUCUUGACAGCUUUGGUCAUGGAUGUGAACAGGCAAAGGACAAUAUAAAUUGGUUGGAACUGAAAACUACCCGAAAAAGCGAUAUUUCUGAUCGCACGUACGUCAAUUCGACAAUUCGUCAAAAAAAUAACGAGUUGGAAAUUGUGCUCGAUUUUCUGAAGGAGAAUGAGUACCGAUACGUUUUGAUAUGCCGAAAGUUUUCGCCCCAGUAUUCUUAUUUUCACGACUUCGAUGCCAUAAAAAACGAACACGUCACUUGGUGCGUUAAGUUCGAUUACAAAUCACUGCUAAAGCAGCACGCCAUGAAACGCUGUUUCGUGCUGAAGGACAAUGCGGGUUACACGCGUGUGCACAAGGACUGUUACUAUAUUAGCUUUAGCCGUCUGUACAACAUUUUGAUAAGUCUUCCGCCGCCAGAUGAUCGAGAUGUGCAGAAAGAAUGACCAAAAGCACGCAUGGUGAAAAGUGUAUCCCAUGAUUACCGCGUAAACAUAAAUUACAAUAAAUUUUUUUACAAACA